AUGAUUUUAAAACAGGAGGCUGGCUCAUUUCUUAGCAGAAGCUCAAAUCAUAAAAGUUAGAUGCUACAAGAAGAGUUACAAGAUAAACUAAUGAUCAUAAAAUAAAACAUUCAGCAUGCCAACCAAAAUGAGUUCAAAAAAGCUUUUCAUCAGUAUCAUUCCUAGAAUAAGGUAGGCUAUAAUGGAUUUAGAUAAUAGCUAAAGGAUGUUGAGAAUUAAAAAUAGCAAGAAGCUCUGUCGCUGGUUAAAAACCUAAAGAAGGAAAAAGAUCAGAGAUUACAGAAUCAAAGACUUAAAGUAUAAAAUAUGAUUUAGAAGUAAGCAGAUGCAUUAAGUAGAGCAUAGUUAGAAUUUAUUUCAGCUCGGAGAGGCUAAACUAGUCUUGUAGAUUAAGCUGGUUAGAACAACAACCUACUUCCAUCAGUUUCCCCUAAAAGAGAUAUAGCUGAUCUAUUUGAGCUAGGUUCAAGAAAAAAAAAAUAGAAGUAUAAUGAGCAGAUCAAUAUGGACUAGUAAUAGUAAAAGAUGAAACUUCUUGAAAUUAAAUCUUAGCAUAGACCUCUUGAACAUAGUGAACUUCUAAAUCAUCAAAGAUAAUACGAUGAUAGGCUGAAGGAAAGAGCAUAUGCAGCAGGUGGAAAUUUAUUCAAAUAACAAAGAAAAAUUACCCUAGAUUAAGUUUACUAAGAUAUUGAAUUUAUGUCUGAUGAAGAAGAUCUCUUUGGGAAUAAAUCUAGGAAGAAGUAAAGCAAUAAUUCAAGGAUCAAUAGCAAUCGAUCUAAUAUUUAUUCAACAUUUGAUCGAUAAAAAGCAGUUGCCAGAGAAAAAGAGGAUCGAAGGAAUAAUUACGCAAAAUAUAUCAAGGAAAUUAAUUUGCCUUUAGAAUUAGAUCGUGAUGAGUUAAAGAGAGAAGCUUCAAGUUAUAAAAAGCAGUGGGCUGAGUAAUUUUUGGAGAAAAACGGGCAAUACUUAACUAAUCACGAGAAAAUAGAAUUCAUACAGACUAAUGCCUAGUAAAUGGAGGAAAAAGCCUUGAGGUAUGAAGCUAAAAUAAGAUAUCCUAAGGAGAUUCCAAUGCAUAGUUAAAUGUACAAUCAAUAAAUCAUGUCGAACGUUUAUCAAAAUUAGCAAAUAGUUGGAGAUAAGUUAGUGGAAGCCAUUAGGUCAAAGCUCGCUCUACUAGACAAUAUAUGA